CCUCAUAUGAUUGCAUCGGUGUUGGCUCCUUGGUGGUCUCUUGAACACAAAAACUAGGGCACAACAUCUGGAGGUCCCACCGAGAUCUGAGAGACCCCCAGGACCCUGACCUGGGGCAUCCUGCGCCGGCUGGUGAGUGCACUCAUUUUCCUGUUUGCGCACAUACUUUCCAGGAGCUCCAAUCUGCAUUUUUACCUGUAGGAAUUCCAAGCUGUAUCUAGGUGACAUUGGCUUAAGCGGGCGCGCUGGCGGGCCGUCGACCGGGGGUCUUGGAAGACAUCCCUUGCCCCUGCCUGGAGGACGAAACCCUCAUCUGUGGGGAGAGUCAGCUGCCGUUGAGGUCGGACCGCCCCUCAACUUCCUUUCAGUUUUGUUUUUACGGCCGCGCCAGAUUGUUUGUGUGAGUGUGUGCUUGUUAAUUUUUAUUAGUGUCUUUGUCUUGGUGUGGACUGAGGACGUGAUGGGACAGACACAACCCCUCUGUCUCUGAUGAUUGACCACUUCUCGGACGUCAGGGAGAGAACUCAUAACCUGAGCACAGAUGUACGAAAGGGAAAGUUUCGGACUUUCUGCAUGUCUGAAUGGCCAGCCUUUAAUAUUGGAUGGCCCCGGGAGGGAACUUUUCAACUGCCUAUUAUCUUACAGGUUAAGGCCGUCAUCUUCAGAGAAAAACCACAUGGCCACCCUGGCCAAAUACCUUAUAUCCUGGUCUGGCAGGACAUGAUUGAGAAUCCUCCGUCCUGGCUUAAACCUUUUCUUCUUCCCAAAGCAGAACCUACAUCCGAGAUCCUAGCCCUGCGGAACCCAACUCUUGAGUCUGACAAGGAAACGGAGUCCGAACCAAAGACUCUGCUUUCCCCAGUCCUUCAGGGCACUCCCACACAGGACCUGAUUUUUCCAGCACCCUACCAGGUCUCCCCCGCCCCGUCUGCCCCUCCAGCAGAAGCAUCGGGUUGCCCAGGGAGUGCCGCUCCCCCUCCCAGAUGGAGGGGCCCCAUGCAUGGGCCGGUGGCAGGGACACGUGGACAGACCCAUUGGGCAGCCCCAGCCCCAAACCGGGGACCAGCCGAUUCCACUGUCCUUCCCCUCCAUGCCAUGGGACCCCCCAGUGAAACGGGGGGACAACUGAUGUUAUAUUGGCCAUUCUCUACUAGUGAUUUAUACAAGUGCAGAACCCAACAUGCAAAGUUCUCCAAUAACCCAAAAGAUCUGAUUGGUCUUUUGGAUACUGUUCUUUUCACCCAUCAGCCACCUGGGAUGACCGCCAGCAGCACUUACAGGUUCUCUUUACCACUGAGGAAAGAGAGCGAAUCCGGGUGGAAGCCCGGAAGUCCGUCCUGGGUGUGGCCUAAGCUGAGGGCGCUCUACGAGACUGGGCCACCCCCGGACCCCCAUCGAUAUCGACUGGGUGACCGGUGUACGUCCGGAGACACCAACACCAGACACUCCAACUGCACUGGAAGGGACCCUACAUCGUGAUCCUGACCACUCCCACCACUCUCACGGUCGACGGGAUUACUCCCUGGGUCCACUACACCCACGUCCGGCCAGCUGACCCCCACGCUGUUCUCAAGGACUUUGUUCCAGAAUGGAAAUGUCAGCCCGACAAGGACAACCCCUUAAAGCUAAGACUGCGCCGUUCUCACUUACCCCAGUAGUGUUGCUUAUGUUAUGUCCCCCUCAUGCCAGGGCCAAUCCCUACCAACCACUUAACCUAACAUGGCAGGUAAUAAGUGUUUCUACUGCAGAGGUUGUAUAUUCCCUCUCAAAAAUUGCCCCACAACGUGCUUGGUUCCCUGACCUUACUCUUGAUCUAACAAAACUACUU